GGCGCCGCCCAAUGUGGGUGCAGCUACUGCCCCGCCCCGGCCUCGGGCGCGCGCGGGCACAGUGGGCCAUGGCGGCGGCGGGCGCUGUGUUGAUCGUGGGCAGCGGCCUCAUCGGGCGAAGUUGGGCCAUGCUGUUUGCCAGUGGUGGCUUCCAGGUGAAGCUCUAUGAUGUGGAGCCCCAGCAGAUAGCCAACGCCCUGGAGAGCAUCAGGAAGGAGUUGAAGCUGCUGGAGCAGGCGGGCUCUCUGAAGGGCUCCCUGGGCGCCCAGGAGCAGCUCGCCCUUAUCCGCGGCUGCACGGACAUUCGAGAAGCAGUAGAGGGCGCCAUGCACAUUCAGGAGUGCGUCCCUGAGAACCUGGAGCUGAAGCAGAAGCUGUUUGCCCAGCUGGAUGGGUUGGUGGAUGACAGCGUGGUGCUCAGCAGCUCCAGCUCCUGCCUGCUGCCCUCUAAGCUGUUCACUGGGCUGGCCCACGUGCAGCAGUGUCUCGUGGCGCACCCGGUGAACCCGCCCUACUAUGUGCCCUUGGUGGAGCUGGUCCCACACCCCGAGACAGCCCCUGCCACGGUGGACCGGACCCACGCACUGAUGAGGCAGAUUGGACAGUCUCCUGUCAGGAUGCUGAGGGAGGUGGAUGGCUUCGCUUUGAACCGCCUGCAGUAUGCGGUCAUUGCCGAGGCCUGGCGCCUGGUGCAGGAAGGUGUUGUAUCUCCAGAGGACCUUGACCUUGUUAUGUCAGAUGGCUUGGGCAUGCGCUAUGCUUUCAUUGGACCCUUGGAAACCAUGCACCUCAAUGCAGAAGGUAUGCUCAGUUACUGCGACAGAUAUGGUGAAGGCAUGAAACGAGUCCUGGGGACCUUUGGGUCCAUUCCAGAAUUUUCUGGGGUCACCGUGGAGAAAGUCCACCAGGCCAUGUGUGCCAAGGUCCCCGCCGACCCCCAGCACUUAGCUGCCCGCAGGAAGUGGCGGGACCAGUGUCUCAUGCAACUCUCCAAGCUGAAGGGCCAGAUGCCACCUCAGUAGAGCUUGGACACAACACCGUCUGGUGAUCCUGCUGGAAGCAACAAAUUGAAUCAAGCAACAAAUUGUAGCCUUCUGUCAUGUAGGGCAGGCAGCCUGGGGGUUACAGGUGGGGGUCAUGGACCCCCUCUGAGCAUGUUCCCCUCAGUCAGGCAGGGGAAGAGGCCCCUCAGACCUGGUUUCAAGGGUGUGGAUUUCCUGCCCCAAGUGAGAGAGAGAGCAGACAUCAGUGGGGUGUCCCCUUUCUUUUCCCUUUUCUUGUCCUCUGAUUCUCUCUGCUGACGGGGAUCCACCAGUGAUUGUGGUGUCAAGUGCCUUUGCUUUAAUCGGUAGCUGAGUCCUCUUGCUAUGGUCCCUGUUCCCUUUGGAAGACUCUCACCCUGCAGCUCUGAGGGUGUGGCCUCCACCCAGUUCCUGCUGAUUCAGAAUAAAAACACUUGUGAUUGCAUCAAAA